AUGUUCGGGACCGCGCACGAGGCCGCCCGCGCGUACGACGCGAUGGCGUGGCGCCUACAGAGGCCGCCGGCGCAGUUGAACUUCCAUGACGUCUUCACGCGCGAGCAGGCGCAGUCCGUCGCCCCUCCGCCUCGUCUUAUCACGGACCAGGACCGUGCGGAGCACCGUCGGCGGCAGCGCCGCCUCCUCAUCGCCGAGGAGGACGAGCGAGCCAUGGCGGAGUGGCGCCACCGCCACCCGGAGGACGUCGCGGCGAAGCACGCCUUCUGGGCGGAAAGGAUGGCAAAGCGCCGCGCGGAGCGGUAG